UGCCCGCCUUAAUUGUAAAAGCAUUAUGAUUGUAUUAGAAUCACUAAAAUUGGAGCAUGAGCGUGCCAUCAAUUCGUAUAACUCAUUUUCUACUUCCCAACCAAAUGUCUCAAUUUCUCCUUCAGCGAAUUAUGAGCAUAAGAUUCCUUUCAUAGAAGAAGCCCUAGAAAAAAUUCGGGGUGGCUUGCAGGAUGCGGAGGUUAUUAUGUGUUUUUCCCGAUACAUCGAGCUCCUGGAAGCUGAAAAUAUGAAGUUACAACUUUACAAUAAAAGGCAGUCCCAAGAAACAGCUUGGUUGCGGGAAGAGCUAAAAAAUUUGCAGUCAAAACUUGAGUCAAGUGAGGCAGAAUUAGCUAAAGUGCAAAUUGAAAAAAAUCAUCUCGAAUUUUUAAUUGAACUUAAAGCUUUGAACAAUUCAGCUGAAGAUUCAUCAUGUAAUUUGAUAAUUUUAUUAAAAUUCGUUAUUUAUAAUUUCUAA